CAAUCAAAUCAUACGGCUAUCAUGGAGAUAAAUUUGCUCUAUCUAGUAAUUAUUGUUGUGAUCAUUUUUGCAGUUUACCGUCGGGUGAAAAAGCACUUUGAUUACUUCCACGACAAACCCAUACCCUCUCUGGCUACAAAUCCGUUGUUCGGAAGCACUGGCCCACUGAUGCUGAAGAAAUGCACUUUUAAUGAUUACAUCACUACUAUCUACAACAAAUAUCCAGGAGUGAAAAUUUUUGGAUUGUUCGACAUGUCGACGAAACUAUUUGUCAUACGUGAUCCGGAACUCAUCAAGAAGAUUACCGUAAGGGAUUUUGACCACUUUGUAAACCGACGACCAAUAUUCGGUGAUACCAAGUAUGAAGAUGACAAUGAAAACUUCUUGUUCGCUAAAACUUUAGUGGGCUUGAAUGAUCAAAAGUGGCGCGAUAUGCGUGCGAUCCUUAGCCCGGCGUUCACUGGGAGCAAAAUGCGCGCAAUGUUUGAAUUGAUUGUGGAGUGCGGAGGAAUGGUUUCGAUAUUGAAGAAGCAGUCAGAAGAAAGCGGUUCUGUAGACUACGAAAUGAAAGAUUGUUUCUCUAGAAUGGCCAACGACAUCAUAGCCACAUGUGCGUUCGGAUUACAAGUUGAAUCACUGAGCAGUCGUGAAAACGAAUUCUUCUCGAUGGGAAAGAAUAUGAUGAAUUUCAACAGAUUGAUUGUUCUGUUUCGUGUGUUAGGAUUUAGAUUUUUCCCUGGAUUGAUGAACAAAAUGGGUGUUGACUUUAUUGACAGGGAACAUAUACAGUACUUCUCUAAUAUAAUCAAGGAAGCUGUCCGGACAAGAGAACAACAUGGAAUUGUUCGACCAGAUAUGAUCCAUCUGUUAAUGCAAGCAAGAAAGGGAAUUUUGAAGCAUCAUCAAGAAACAGCAGAAGAAAGUGCAGGGUUUGCUACCGUUGAAGAAUCGGAUCUCGGCAAAACUGUUGUCAGUAAAACUAUGACUGAACCAGAGCUUAUCGCUCAGUGCCUAAUUUUUUUCCUAGCAGGAUUCGAUACUAUAUCUACUGCAAUGAUGUUCAUGGCGUAUGAGCUUGCCAUAAACUAUGACAUCCAACAGAAGCUGUACGAGGAGAUAGUUACAACAAAUAAAGAGCUCAACGGGAAGCCUUUGUCCUACGAUACGCUGCAAAAGAUGAAGUACAUGGAUAUGGUAGUUUCCGAGUCCUUGCGUAUGUGGCCAAUACCAGCAUUCGACCGAAAAUGUUCUAGAGAUUACGUGGUGGAUGAUGGAAAUGGUCUAAAGUUCACCAUCGAUAAAGGCACAUGCAUUUGGGUUCCGGUGUAUGGAAUCCAUCAUGAUCCAAAGUACUACCCCAAUCCGGAACGUUUCGAUCCAGAGCGGUUCAGUGAAGAAAACAAAACAAACAUUGACAUGACUAUGUACAUGCCUUUUGGAAGUGGACCAAGGAACUGCAUUGGAUCGAGGUUUGCUCUGAUGGAGAUAAAGGCACUGAUGUAUGCCCUUCUGUUGGACUUUUCAAUAGAAAAGAAUGAUAAAACACAAAUACCCCUGAAUAUUUCGAAAGGGUUCAUCGGACUGAAGAUUGAAAAUGGGUUGCAUUUACGAUUGAAGCUGAGGACAUGAACUCAGGAGAUUGUUUUUAAUCAGCUCGGUUAUGGUAAAACGAUAUUGAUUUGUGUAAAACGAUGUUGAUAUGGUAAACGAUAUUUACAGCGUAAAAAACGACCUCAGUGUAAUCGAAAAUUAUCCUUUUCAGUAAGAUUAAAUACUUCCUUGAGCCUAGUUUUGCGGUAUCACUCCACAUAACCUGAAAAACUUAGAAAAAAAAACAGAAAAUGCUUAGUUUACUUCAAUUCAAAGAAGAAGAAUGAAUUAGUUAUAAAUGUAAAAACUCCUCAAUUAUACAUGAAGUAGAACUGCUACAUAAUAUUGAUGACUCUACCCUAAUGCUAAGACAAUUCUCGUUGUUCAAAACUGUGUUAUCUAUUCAUUCAAGCUGUGCUGUCUGGAAGAUAAGAUAAAAAUGCAAAUAAUAAACAAGCCGCAAUUAAGCCAAUACAGUUAUCACAGAUUUUUACCACAGAAAAUCCAUCCAGCGGUAAUAAUUAUGUAAUGCUUUGUUUGUGUAUCAACAGGAAAUAAUGGAUCAGGAUGCAGUCUUAAAAGGUGAUUGAUUUGAGUUGUGUUCAUCUACCGCAGAUCGGAGAUGAGUUGUCCUACGUGUUUACUGUUAAGCAAGAGUUGGAAGAAGGGGAGAGUGUAACCCAUGCACCCAUAGUGUAAAAUGGUCCAACCAAUAACAUCACCGGUAAAAUCAUUUUUAUUACAUUUUACACUUUAUACUACACGAAUAUUACCAUUACAAGUCAAUACUAGUUA